UUUCUAUACGGGAUUACAGCAGCAGCAAAGCAAGAGCAACAACUACAAAGACAACAAAAACAACAGCAACUUCAAAAAUUCUUGUCAUUCAAGCUGGCUUUAAUAGUUAAUUCAUAACUCGCGUUGGAUUCGCGUUCGUGACUCGAGUCUUGCAUUUCAAUCAAUCAAUCAAUCGCUGAUCGAACGAUGAUUGGCCAUUUUCAGCUAUUUCAAUUGUCUCUAAUGUCAAAGCGCUAAGUGCCCGAACUGACAGAGCCACACACACACACAGAGAUAGAGCCACAAUAAGAUUGUUGAGUCUGUGUUGCGACUAACGUUUCCAAGGUUUUGGGCGCGCUCCAGUUUCGCACUUACUUCCCGUUUCACAUUGUGCGUCUCUGGCCUGAUCUUUGUGGGUCUGGUCAUGCUCCAAGCACUGCUGGCAGCUGGCCAUGACAAUUGUUUGCAUUUGGCUUAGAUCUAAGUACUAGGCGAUCACAUAACAAGCACACAUACACACACGGACCAACAGUCAAGCAAACAGACUCGCGCGUUUUUCUAUUUUUUUUUUUAUCAUGUUUCUCAAGCCCAAGAGCUUUGAGCAAACGCUGCGCGGCGGCAUUGUGCCUGCCGUGCCCGCGGCGCCGGGCUCCGGUCUAAAUCCAUCCUUUCAUCGAGGCUGCACGGGCAAGGCUCACGCCUGCGGCACCAGCAAGUCGCAAAAAAACGCGGCCACGCCCAUUAAAUCAAAGACCACACCGAAGGCGCAGCGCAAGAACAGCAUUAGCUCGGAAACGAUCAGUGAAAGCGGCUCGGAGAACUCCAGCAGCUGGCCAUCAACAACAACAGCGGCUGUCACGCCCACGCCCGCGUCGGCAACUGAGCCGCCGCCACCGCCACCCAAGCCACCGCGUCUGGCGGCCAGCAGGCAGGGAGCCAAGGAGGCAACUCCAAUAGCUGCUGCCAGCCUCGAGCGCAACUCCAUACGUUCGCGCAGCUUUCGCCAGAGUGGCAAGAUCAGCACAACAGCAGCAGCAACAGCAACUGCUGCAGCAGCAGCAGCAGCAGCAACAACAACUACCGCAGCAGCAACGACAACCUCGAUACGUCCGCCCUGGAACAGCUCCGCAAUAGCUGCAUCCAAAUAUGUGGCAGCAGCAGCGCCACCUUCGCCCGUACCCAAUCUACGCAGUUCUUAUCGACGCCGUCGCGAUGCCCAAAACGCUGCCCAGCAAUGGCCGGCCAUCUGGGCCAACUCGCUGGCUUGCAACUACAAAAACUAUGAUGCAAGCGUCAGGCAAAAGAGCCGGCACGAGAAUGGUACGGGCGGCAUUGGCAAGAGCGCCAGUGAUGUGGAUAUAACCGAUGAUGCCUCACAGCCGGAACGUGUGUGGUUGGUGCAUCGUGGUGGCUUCACCGCUGCGCUGCGUCUGCCGCCCAAUAGUGGCAUGCCGCACGAGGAGCAUAAGCUGAACGUGCGACUGCUGCACAAUGGCGAACAAUUGACCGUUGAUGAGGAUGACAUCGAGAAGCAGAACGACGCCGCAUUGGAUCUGGCCGAGGACAUCUGUGAGCUGAAGUAUUUAAACGAGGCGUCGGUGCUGCACUGCCUCCGGCAGCGUUAUGCCAGCAAUCUCAUACACACCAAGGCGGGGCCCACGCUGCUUGUGGUCAAUCCAAUGGCACCACUGUCGCUCUAUUCCGAGAAGGUUGUAUCCAUGUUUCGCGGCUGCAAAACGGAGGACAUGCCACCCCACGUCUACUCGCUAGCCCAGACCGCCUACAGGAGUUUGGUUGAAACGCGACGCGAUCAAAGUCUAAUAUUCAUGGGCCGUUCUGGUUCUGGCAAGACCACAAGCUUUAAGCAUGCGCUCAACUACUUGGCGUUGGCUGCUGGUGCAUACAAUAAUUUUAUCAAUGCGGAAAAAGUGAGUGCCCUGUGCACAAUUCUGGAGGCCUUUGGCAAUACGAAAACAUGUCUCAAUACGAAUGCUACGCGUAUGACGCAGCUGCUCAGCCUGGAUUUCGAUCAGACCGGGCAAAUAGCAUCAGCUUCGUUACAGGUUCUUUUGCCGGAGCGUCAACGUGCGGGACGCCGGCUGUCGCACGAGCACAGCUUUCAUAUUAUGACGCGACUGUUGGCGGGCGCCGCAGGGCUGCUGCAGAAGGAACUGCACUUGGAGAACAUUUCAUCUGAAGACAGUCAUCCGUUUAUAUCGCUCUCUCAGCGACUGGAGGAUCGCCAUCGGGCGGCGAAUGACUUUUUGCGUACGGUGCAGGCAUUCGAGACACUUAACAUUGAUGCAAAGGCCGUGCGGGGAAUUUGGAGCAUACUGGCAGCCAUUUAUCAUCUGGGUAUUGCGGGCAUUACAAGAAUGGGCACCGGCUCAACGGCACGAACUCAGUUUGCCAAUCCGACAGCAGCGCGCAAAGCGGCUAGCCUGUUGGGAGUCAAUCUGGAGGAUUUAUCGGCAGCUGCUUUUGGUCUGACGCAGCCCAAUGCAACGGGCGGCAGUUUGAGUCCCUCCAAGUCGCCUACCUCAGAUGGCGGUCAAGAAUGGGCCUGGGAAUGCCUAGAAGCGCUCGUCAUUGGCCUCUACUCGGAGGCCCUGGCCGCUGUGGUGGCUCUCAUUAAUCGCCAGAUCUGCACAUCAGCACAUACUAUUGCUUCGAUUAUGCUGAUCGAUACGCCGGGCUUCCAGAAUCCAGCCAGCUGUGGCCAACAGCUGGGCGCCACGCUAGCCGAUCUGCGUCACAACUAUUUGCAGGAACGCCUGCAAAUGCUUUUCCACCACACAACAUUGGUAGCGCCACGUGAUCGCUAUGCCCAAGAGCUGGUGGAGAUCGAAAUGGAUCAUGCUUCCGAGUGCCAUCCUGGUCCACUAAUAUCGCUGAUUGACAAGGCACCACAGAAUCAUGUGGUCCGCUCCUCACAACGGGAUCUGCGCGAGCACGAUCGUCGUGGUUUGCUUUGGCUAUUGGACGAGGAGGCCAUCUAUCCCAACUCGAAUGAUGACACAUUCCUAGAGCGUUUGUUCUCUCAUUAUGGCGAUCGUGAGCAUCACACGUUGUUGCGCAAAUGCGCCGGACAGCGUCAGUUUGUGUUGCAUCAUCUGCAGGGCACCAACCCGGUGCUGUACGCCGUCGAUGGCUGGGUUCGACACAGCCGCGAGCAUCCUGGCAUACGAAAUGCGGUGUCGCUGCUGCAGGACAGCAGCCGGGAGGAGAUCAAUCGUCUGUACAUUGGCUCAUUGACGCGUGGCUCCGGUGCCAUGGUCUUUUGCGGUUCCUUCGCGGGUCUGGAAGGCACACAGUCAUUGCGUCGCGUUUCCAGCAUACGCCGCUCCUUCACUACGGCAGGUGUCAAACGCAAUUCAAUUAUGCUGCAGGUGAAGUUCACCGUGGACGGCAUCAUCGACACGUUACGUCGCACAGGUACCCACUUUGUGCACUGCUAUCUGCUGCAGCACAAUGCGGGCAAGCAUGCCAAGUAUACCGCGAAUGGCUCACCCAGCUCAGUUUUGGGUCAAGCAGCUACAGAGGAGGAAUUGGUCAAUGUGCCACUGUUAAGGAGUCAGCUACGUGGCUCACAAGUCUUGGAGGCAGCUCGCUUGCAUCGUUUGGGCUUUCCCGAAUCUGUACCAUUGCUGGAGUUUGUGCGUCGCUUUGGUCUGUUAGCCGGCGAUCUGGCGAGUAACAAAGAUAUUAGCGUAGAGCAAAUACUCGCCGUCAAUGAAAUGGACGUUGCCAGCUAUCGUAUCGGACCAAGUCAGAUACUUUUCCGUUCCGGUGUGCUCAAUGAGCUGGAGGCCAAACGCGAUGUGUUGCUUUCGGAUCGCAUUAUACAGUUGCAGGCGUAUUGUCGUGGCUAUUUGGCACGCAAAAAGAUGUCACAACGGCGUAUUCAGGAGCUGGCGGUGCGUUGCAUUCAACGCAAUGUGAAGGCCUUUUUGGCUGUGCGCGACUGGCCCUGGUGGCGUCUGUUGGUUCGUGUGACGCCUCUGCUCAAUGUGCAUCGCACCGAGGAGCAGCUGAAGAUCGCUAACGAGGAGUUGCUCAUGCUGCGCGCCAAGCUGGAGAAGAUCGAAUACGAUCGCAGCGAAGUCAAGAACGAGAAUCAAAAAUUGGAAGCCAAGUUAUCCGAGCUGACCGUGGAUCUGGCAGAGGAGCGUUCCACGGCGCAUAUUGCCACCGAGCGUCUGGAGGCGGAGACUGCUGAACGGCUGAAGCUGGAAAAGGAGCUCGGGGAGCAUCAGACCAAGGUGAAGAACCUACAGGAGAUGAGCGAGAAGCUGGAAAUGGAGCUAAUAUGCGCAAAAUCCGACUUGAAUGGCAUCUCUGAGGAUGAGGACGUCGAGCACGAAGAGGGCAGCGGUGGUGUUUACAAACUGAAGUACGAGCGCGUAGCCAGGGAACUGGAGUUCACCAAGCGGCGACUGCAGACACAGCAUGAGCAUGAUCUGGAACAGCUGGUCGGGCUCAAAAAGCAAUUGGAGAAAAAGCUAUCCGAUGCCUACGAGGAAGUUGAGGAACAACGUCAGGUUGUGGGCCAAUGGAAACGCAAGGCACAAAAGAUGACUAACGAGAUGAAUGAUUUGCGCAUGCUGCUCGAGGAGCAAAAUGCACGCAACAAUUUGCUGGAGAAGAAGCAGCGCAAAUUCGAUGCCGAGUGUCAGUCCCUGCAGGAUGCAUCGCGCCAGGAGCGUCAGGCCAAAGAGCGCUACGGACGCGAAAAAGAUGUUCUCCAAGCUGAGAAAUUUACGCUCGAGCAAACGCUGGCGGAUACGCGUCUGGAUCUAGAGCUAAAAGAGGAAAAGCUGGCCUCGCUGCAGCGUGAGCUGGAGGAGAUGACCUUUGGCGGUGGCACUGAGGAGGAGUUUGCGCAGCUUCGACGCUCCAAGAACGAAACCGAGAGGCGCGCCAAGGAACAGGAGGAGGAGCUCGACGAAAUGGCUGGGCAAAUACAGCUGCUGGAACAGGCCAAGCUGCGUCUGGAGAUGACCCUAGAGACAAUGCGUAAAGAGGCACGUCGUGAGUCACAGCAGCGGGACGAGGAGCUGGAGGAGGUGCGUGGCAAUGGCUACAAGAAGAUCAAGGCGCUCGAAUGUCAGCUGGAAACAGAACAUGAGGAGCGCACGCUGCUGCUACGCGAAAAGCACGAGCUGGAGCGACGCCUCUCCUCAAUGGAGGAUCGCGAUCGUGUGGAUCGUGAUGCCGAGGAAGCGCUUAAUCAAAAGCUGCGUCGCGACUUGCGCAAGUACAAGGCGCUACUGAAGGAUGCUCAGACGCAGCUGGAGCGACUCAAAGCGGAUACGCCUGGCAAAACACUUAUCCGGCAGCUGCGCAAUCAGCUGGAGGAUGCGGAAUCUGCGCGCACUUUGGCCAUGAAGGCGCGCCAGACAGCCGAAGCGGAGCUGGCCGAGGUGCAAGCCAUGUUUGAGGAGUCGCAUAGGGCGCGCAACGAUGCCGAGGAACGGGCCAAUGCGGCGCAUCGCGAUCGCGCCGAACUGCAGGCGCAGAUCGAGGAGAACGAGGAGGAGUUGGGCGAGCUAAUGAAGAAGUACAGCGCCACCGUUAAGCAGCUAAAUGCAGAGCAAGUCAACGUAUCCGAAACAGAAUUCAAGCUCACUGAACUCGAAGCUGAGCGCAACAAUCUCAAAGAGCAGGUGGCUGAACUGCAGCACAGACUCGAUAAUGUGGAGAACCUGGGUGAUCCCUCCAUUGCUGUCAUGUCCAAGCGUUUGGAAAUGCGCACAAAGGAACUGGAGUCACGUCUGGAACUGGAGCAGGCGACACGUGCACGUCUCGAAGUGCAGGUGAGCCGGCAUAAGGAAGCGCUGGAGAAGCUGCAAAACGAAGUAACCCAGUCAAAGCUGCGUGAAAUGCAGUCACAGGAUGUGCUCAAAAAAUCUCAAAAGAGUUUGCGUGACAUGCGCGAGGAAUAUCAUUCGCUCUCCAGCCGUGAACAAGAGUCUCUGACGCGUCGUAAGGAUCUGGAAAAGAAAAUGGAGGUUAUGGAAUCAGAGGGCACGGCGCUAAAGAACGACUUGCGCUUGGCGUUGCAACGCAUUGCGGAUCUGCAGCAGGCCAUGGAGGAGGAGGGAGAGGAGGAGCUUAGCGAGAGCGAGGAGAGCAUCAGCUCUGUGGGCUCCAUUAGCGAUUUGGAAGAGCGACUGCGACCCGUGCAUGUCAAACGCAGCUCACAGCACUCAUUAAACGGCCCCACCAUCCCACCCAGCACCACACGCACGCUGAUCUGCGAAAAGGACGACAACAGCCCUAGGUACGCUGAUAACGAAGUCAACUCAAACAGCAGGCAGCACAAGCACUAAGCACCGUAGUCGCAUUAGCUCGAUAAUACCUAUAUAUGCAUAUGUAUAACUAUCACUAGUUAGCUAGCUAGCUACUUAGCUUAUAAGGUCUGUUUUUGCCGGCUUAUCUAAUUAACAUAAUUACUUCAUACAUGCAAACUACAAACUACAAACCAUGCCAACCACACAUCCGAAACUGACCCAAAAAAUCAACAAAACAAACGCCGCCUCCCGCCAUCAACCAAAUGCCAAACGAAAUUGAAAAAAAAAAAAAACUAAAAAACAAAACAAACUCAUAAAAACAAAAAACAUAAACUAAUAUGCUUUGUAAAUAUGUUUAUGCAAAAAAAAAAAAAAACAAAAACACAUCCCGCCUUCCAAAAUGCCUAUCCAAAAACAACAACAAACAAUGCGCCCCCCUCUCUUGGUGUGCGUGCGUAUGUGCGUGUGUGUGUGUGCGUGUAAAUCAUUAGCUUUUUCUUAUUGUAGAAUAACAGUGACGUCGCCGUCGUCGCCACACAUACAUAAACUGGCACUGGCGGCUAAAGCCAUAC